UGCGGUCGCUGCUGCGGAGUCGCGGGAAGAUGUCCGGGCGCGGGAAGCAGGGCGGCAAGGCGCGCGCCAAGGCCAAGUCGCGCUCGUCGCGCGCCGGGCUGCAGUUCCCCGUGGGCCGCGUGCACCGGCUGCUGCGCAAGGGCAACUACGCGGAGCGCGUGGGCGCCGGCGCGCCGGUGUACCUGGCGGCCGUGCUGGAGUACCUGACGGCCGAGAUCCUGGAGCUGGCGGGCAACGCGGCCCGCGACAACAAGAAGACGCGCAUCAUCCCCCGCCACCUGCAGCUCGCCAUCCGCAACGACGAGGAGCUCAACAAGCUGCUGGGCAAGGUGACGAUCGCGCAGGGCGGCGUGCUGCCCAACAUCCAGGCCGUGCUGCUGCCCAAGAAGACCGACAGCCACAAGGCUAAAGCCAAGUAAAUGCCUUGUGCGGCUAAUCACAAAACAAAGGCUCUUUUCAGAGCCGCCUACUUUCUCAUAAAGGGCUGAUUCGCUGCAGUUUUUAUUAUCCAGCGAAACGAAGAUAAACGUGUAAGUUGUGUUUUCUUCAAGUUUUAAAUUAUGCGUUUCUUCGUUUCCUAUUUCCCUGUUCCUGUACGGAGGUUAUCUUAAAGAUUGUUUCUUUUUUCUAACGUUUUUCAUCACCGCGGCGAAUUUUCUUCGGUUUUCCUUUUUCUGUAUUUAUUAAUUGCUUAAUGCUUUGUUAUUUUCAAUGUGUUCACAGUGGGCAGUGGGAGUUUCAUAAUGCCGUAAAUAUCACGUGUCUUGGCCAGCCAGCUCCGCGUGUGCUCCUAAGUGCUCUGUUCGCUACGUCAACAAUAAAGUCUCAGC